AUGGAAAUAUUGACGAGCUUGCUUCAAGAAAUAAAUGAAGCAACUACAAAUGAUCUAAACAGAACUGAAGUUACAGAAUUUCUACUGAUGGGAUUUUCAGACUCGUUGGAUAUUCAGACCUUACAUGCUGGCUUAUUUUUAUUGGUUUAUUUAGCAGCUCUUUUGGGGAAUUUGUUAAUCAUCAUGCUUACUAGUGUGGAUGACCAGCUUCAAAUUCCAAUGUAUUUCUUUUUGAGAAACUUAUCUUUCUUAGAUUUUUGCUACAUAUCUGUCACAGUUCCCAAAUUCAUUGUCAAUUCCUUAACUCACGAUAAUUCUAUUUCUUUUUCUGGUUGUGCCCUGCAAGCCUUCUUUUUCAUGGACUUGGCAUGUACUGAGGUAGCAAUCCUUACAGUGAUGUCCUAUGACCGCUAUGUGGCCAUCUUCCAACCCUUGCAUUAUGAAGUCAUCAUGAACCAUGGUACUUGUGUGAAGAUGAUGGUCAUGUCCUGGCUAAGUGGAGUGAUUGGGGGGGUCAUGCACGUGACAGCAACAUUCUCAUUACCUUUCUGUGGGUCAAAUGUAGUACAUCAAUUUUUCUGUGAUAUCCCACAACUCUUAAGCCUCUUAGAUGCUAAAGCAAUCUUUAUAGAAAUUGGAAUCACAAUUUUUAUUACUAGUCUUGUAAUAAUCUGUUUUGUAUCCAUUACUUUAUCUUAUGUGUCUAUUUUUUCUACCAUCCUGAAAAUUCCAUCCAAGGAGGGCAGAUCAAAAAUGUUUUCUACCUGCAUUCCACAUCUUAUAGUUGUAGCCCUCUUUAUGAUAUCUGGUAGCAUUGCCUAUGUCAAGCCAAUUUCAAAUUCCCCCUCAGUGUUAGAUCUUCUCCUGUCUGUGCUCUACACAGUUGUGCCCCCUACUUUGAAUCCUAUCAUCUACAGUCUGAGGAAUAAGGAAAUGAAGGCAGCUCUGAGAAGGCAGUGUGACAUGUGUCAUAGAAAUUACGACUAA